UCGAAAUAUAGCUUAGCCCGCUUCAGUCGCUCAGGGUGAACCCAUUUGUGUGCACGUUAGUUUUUGAUUGCGGCCGGAUCAUGAAGAGUGAGCAAAUUAUCGAAAAGAUACGAAACAAAUUGAAGGAUUCUAAUCCUGAACGGCGCACCGUUUUAAGCGUAUUUCAAUUCAAUAUCACCGAUGCAAAUGGGGAGUUGAUCAAAAGUGUAGUGUUUGAUUUUAAAGACUUGAACAUCUACGAUGGUACAAUGGACUCAGCGGAUGCCGAGAUUACCAUAACGGAUGAUGAUUUCUAUAUGGUGGGCACCAAGGAAAUGACUUUCGAUUCGCUACUGGCUGAGAAUAAAGCGCUAGUAAAGGGAGAUACAACGGCAAUAGACAAGAUUCUUGCGAAGUUUCGUUCAGCAGAAGAAAAGUGACUUUUGGAAACACUCGCCCAAAUAAUUUUAAUUUCGAUAGUCGCCUAUUAAUUUUUCAACUUUUGGGGAGAGUUUUCACUUCAACGGCAAUAGCAGUUAUGUAUGUAUAUACUCACAAGCACAAGUGUUACUGCGCUUACAGUGGGACGAACAUGAUCAUUUACGUAAUUUUUGGCUUCAGUGAAUUUUUUGUUGCAACGAAGUAAAAUAUAUAUUUCCUUCAAGGAGUUAUGAUAUAAAAAAUAAAAAUGUUAUGCAAUUCUAUAAAAUAUGAGUUACUUCUUGUAAUAAAUAUAAUUUAAAUUUCA